AUGCAUAGUCAGACAGCGAUAUACGCGUCUGUUGCAUGCAUCAUGGGUGGCAGUUUCAUAUUUGGCAACUCCAUCGCUUUUUCGGCUCUUACUAUGCCCGGAAUUAUUAAAUAUUUCGAAUUAAAAGAAAUCGAAGCAACAUUAUUCAGUUCGUUAAUUGCUCUUUUCGCAAUUGCAGGUCCUUUAAUAUUCCAACCAUUUAUGGUAAUGAAAGGAAGAAAGUUUACAUUUUGCCUAAUUACUAUUCUUUCCCUUAUCUCAUGGCUAUUAUUCUCUAUCGUCACGCCUUCGACCAAAUAUCUGAUAUUUAUUCAUAGAAUAUCAAUAGGAAUUGCCGUAGGAGCUUAUUCUUUUGCAAAUCCAGUUUAUUUAGUCGAACUCGCAAAUGAUCACCAAAAAGGUCUUUUCGGUACUUUGAACCAACUCGGUAUUUCUGCCGGAGUUGUUUCAGCAAAUAUCCUUGGAGGCCUUCUUUAUUGGCGAUAUUUUGCAAUACUAGUACUUAUACUUACAAUUUGCAUUUGCCUGUUUUCAUUUAUAAUUGCUGAUACUACACCUGCUCCAGCUAACGAGAAAAAUUCAGGAAACGGAAGUUAUUCUUCAUUAUUCUCGAAUUACAAAUUAGAGCUUUUAGAAGGCGUCAUGUAUCAGAUAUUCCAACAGUUCUCAGGUAUAAACGGUAUUCUUACUAACGCAGGAAUGCUUCUGAAUGGAAGUACGACAGCUGCAACAUUUGGAGCUUCUGCUCAACUCAUAGCCGUCUUCUUCUGUUCUUCAGCGAUUUCUUACCUUGGUACAAAAAAGAUUUGGAUAAUCGCAUGCUCUGGUGCUGCAUUAUCCUUAUUAAUUUUAGCCGUGUCACAGACAUUCGAUUUAGGCCUUAUCGUUAACGGUAUUGCAGUGUUCGGAUUCCAAUUAUCCUUUGGUUUCGGAUUAGGACCUCUUCCAUUUACGAUUUCUCCUACAUUAUUCCCUGAUUCUGUCAGAGCUCAGGCUAAUUCCAUUCUCACCUUGGUUAACUGGCUCUUGGCCUUCAUUGUUAUAUCCAUUUUCCCUUCAAUGCUCAACUAUUGCGGAUUGGGAAUUUCUUCAAUGAUGUUCGCUGGUGUUAUGGUGGCAGGAAUUAUAUUUGGCCUCAAACAAAGCGAUAUCAGAGAUCAGAACUCCGAACCAUUCGAAGCUGACGUAGAAUUAAAUAAUGAAGAAGAUAAUAUUGAUCACGAGCUAUAA